UCAUACCAUAAACACAGCCCUCCCACCUUUUCCAAUUUCAAUCCCAACUCCAUCCAAUCCAACCAUUGUUAACUACUGGAGUACUAAUAAGAGUAAUAAACCAUGGGGUCAGAGACAUUUGUGGAAGUGAUCUUGGCAAUCCUGCUACCACCUGUUGGGGUCUUCCUCCGUUAUGGCUGCGGAGUAGAGUUCUGGAUAUGUCUGUUGCUGACAUUGUUGGGGUACAUUCCAGGGAUCAUAUAUGCAAUUUAUGUAUUAGUUGGUUAGUAUAGUUUCAUGCUACGGAGCCUGCAAAGCCGCUUUCAUGAUUAUUGUUCCGGCUGUUAAAAUUAGGCCUGCUUGUCGGUCAUACUUACUUCACCUAAACAAAGUUGGUGACCUGAUGACGGGAGGGACUGUUGUUCAGAUCUUUUACUCUGUUUUUAAUCUGAUUGAGUUGUGAGAGUUUGUUUUUACUCUCAAGGUUAUCA